AACAAAGAAUGGCGGCAGACGCAAAAAAGCGAGAAACAAAUUUAUUGCAAGAAGGAACAUAUGUUGCUAAAAUUCUAAAAACAUUUUCUGGUUAUCGCUCCGAUAUUUUUGGAAACGAAGAAACUGAAAUCGGUCGAAAGAUUGGGGAAGAUAAAGAGAAAAAACGAAUUGACAAGGCGAAAGUUGUAUGGGAUGGUCAUACGGCAUCUAUAAAUAUGGCAACACAACGUGCUGCAGCUGGUGUUUCAAUCGAUGAACAAAUUGCAGCAAUUCAUCGAAGUAAAGGCUUAACAAGCGACUCUAAAAUCGGUCCAAGAAUACCUCAAAUACAGGAUCAACAUUCACACCAGCAUCAAAUUCUGCAUCUUCAUCAACAAGGAUUACAACAACAUAUGUCCUCAACUCAACAACCUAUUUUUACCGGAUAUCCGUUUCACACAACACAAAAUGUUCCAAUACCUCAAGGGCUUCUCCCUGUCACUUAUUCCGGUUAUGUUGAUUCUUCCGCACCAUUUGCACGUCAAUUACCAGGUUUCGUUGAGCCAACCUCACCCCAAAAUGUUAAUAUGGCCUUUCAACAACCUUCUCAAGUCCGGCCACCUAUUCCGCACAUUCCUCAACUUCAUCGCCAGUCUUUACCAGGUCGAACAAUGGAAGACGAG